CUUUCCUUUGCAGACUUAUUACCCUGCUCUGCUCUACUCUACAUCUCUGCGCCUGGAGACACACACAAACUUUAAGUGUCAUCACACAGCGACACACACACACACCUCUCCUGGAGUUCCUGCUGAACCAGAGGAGGAGGAAAGAGGCUGGAAGAAAUUGGCCUAAAGUCCUGCAGCCGCCUUCGAACUGCUGGGAUGAGGUGGUGGCUGGUGGUGGCCAGUCUGUGGCUGCUGGUGGCCUUGACCAUCCCUGAUGCUGAGGCCAGAAACCGACCACGAAACCAGAAUGGUGAGAUUCUUAGAGGGAGGAGGAGGAGGAAGGAUGGACAAGGUUUUGGCCGGGCUAGAGCGGGGCGAACUAGACCUCUGAAGAUCAGACUGGUUCCUGGUCCAAGCAUCCCAGUGGUGCCUGUAGAAGGAAAUGCUCUUCUCCUACAACCCUAUAAGAACAUCCAAGAACAGCACGCCACCUACAACGUCAUCCCAGGUAAGCAGGGCCAGUGUGUGUACCAGGGUCUGACCAUGUUUGACCAGGCCGUCUGGUCCCCAAAGCCCUGUGUGACUUGUCUGUGUACCGGAGGGCGGGUGGUUUGUGAUGAGAGCACCUGUCCCGAAAUACACUGUCAUUUCCCCUUCACCCCUGCGGGCGAGUGCUGCCCUGUCUGCAUGGAGCCAGAACCUGACCUCAGCCUUGACAUUUCUGGUGACUCCCCAGUUCCCAAUGACCCCAGUGAUGUCGUGACUCCACUGACCCAAGAGGAGAUCCAGAAAAUCCUCUGGAGGGAGGCAGAGCAGCAUCGUGAGGAGGAAGAACGCGUGAAGAAGAAGGAGGAAGCGAGAAGAAAGAGAAGGAAGCAAAGGAAAGAGCAGGAGGAGAAACAGAGAAAGAUAGCUGAGGAGAUGAGAAAGCAGGAGGAGGAGGCACUGAGGCUGCAGGAAGAAAAGGAACUGGAGGAGUGGAGCAGGCAGGUAGAUGAGGAGCAAAAGAGGAGGCAGGAGGAAGAGGAAGAUAGGAGACAGAAGGAGGAAGCAGAGAGAGAAGCAAGAGAGAGGGAAAGGAAGCUAGAGGAGGAAAGGAAAAAGCAGGAGGAGAUGCUGAGGGAAGAACUUUUGGAUUUAGUUGAAAAGGAGAAAGAGCGGCACGAGGAAGAGAACGAGAGGCGCGAGGAAGAGAACGAGCGGCACGAGGAAGAGAUCGAGAGGCGCGAGGAAGAGAACGAGCGGCGCGAGGAAGAGAUCGAGAGGCGCGAGGAAGAGAACGAGCGGCGCGAGGAAGAGAACGAGAGGCACGAGGAAGAGAACGAGAGGCGCGAGGAAGAGAACGAGAGGCGCGAGGAAGAAAAGGAGGAGCAGGAGGAGGAGGUGUGGCUGAGAGGAGACGUGUUUCAAAUGCUUCCAAAAGAACCUGAAGAACCUGAGGAACCAGACCUCCUUCCUGCUCCGAUUCCAAGACCUCCAGUUGCUACAGAGGAGGAACAGGUAGAAACCGAAGAGAUGGAAGAAGGGGAGGAUAGGGAGAUCAUAGCUGUAAACAGAGGAGGCCUUCCUCCAGGCUGUGACAUCUCUGACGUUACUGCCACAUGUGAGAAUGCCAAACUCACACACUUCCCUCCUCUGGCCAUUCCUGAGCUGAAAUCUCUCAGUCUGGAGGGCAACAGCAUCAGCAGCAUCCCAGCAGACGCCUUUAAUGGAAUUCCUAACCUGGAGUGGAUCAACCUGAAGAAAAACAAACUUACUUCUGCAGGCAUUGACGCUAAAGCCUUCAAAGGUCUGAAGAAGCUAACACGUCUGUAUUUGGAUGGAAACCUUUUAGACGUUGUGCCAUCUGACCUUCCCCCGACCCUGCAGGAGCUGAAGAUCAAUGAAAACAGACUGAGAGGGAUAGAUGAAAACAGCUUCCAAGAUUUGAGCAGCCUGGUUAUUCUGGAGCUGGAAGGAAAUCUGCUGAGUGAGGGGAAUGUAGAUCCUCUGGCCUUCGCUCCCCUAAUCCAGCUUUCCUACCUCAGACUGGGGAGAAACCAUUUCCGUACUGUACCACAAGGCCUUCCCAAGUCAUUGCUGGAACUCUAUUUGGAGAACAACCUGAUUGAAGAAAUCUCAGAGACAGUUUUCAAUCAGACCAGCAAUCUGAACAUAGUUUCUUUAAGACACAACAAACUGGAGGAGACCAGGAUUGCUCCACUGGCCUGGAUCAACCACAGAAAUUUGGAGUCCAUUGACCUUUCAUAUAAUAAGCUUUACAUGGUUCCUUCAUAUCUACCAAGAUCUCUAGUUCACUUGGUGCUCUUGGGAAACAAUAUUGAGAGGAUACCUGGUUACGUUUUUGCCCACAUGCAACCUGGUUUAGAGUACCUCUACCUCUCCUACAACAAACUGGAUGGAGAGGGGACUGAACCUGAGUCGUUCUUUGGGGCCUACCAUUCCCUGGUCGAACUGUGUUUGGACCACAACCAGCUGGUUGUUGUGCCAUCUGGCAUCAACGAAAUGACCAACUUACACUUCCUCAGACUCGACAAUAACAUGAUCAGGAGUAUUCCUGAUGAAGCCAUCUGUGACCCAAACCACAGCGGGGACUCCACCUUGGUGGCUGUAAGAUUGGAAAACAACUACAUCGACCCCCAAAAAAUCUCACCAAUGGCCUUUUCCUGUGUAAGAUCUGCAUCAAGUGUGGUCUUAAAGCCCCAAAAAACCAAGUGAACACACAAACAAAAUAAAAAACUGAGAGACAGUGGACUUUUAUCUGCCAAAAGAAGUCAAAAUCUCCUUUCAUCAUUUUUUUCUGUUACUAAUAUCAUACAAAUAAUAUAAUACAAAUAAACCUAAAAAAUUACUAGAAAACGCAUUAGUCUGAUGUCAAAAUCUGACACACAGUUUAAACAUUCAAACAUGGUUACUGUUGUAUGGUAAGAUGCUAUUUGAACAUUUUCUACAACUUUAGACCAAACACAUGGUUUGGUAUCUGGUAAGCUGUCCUGCUCUGUCACCUGGCCCAUCUUAAACUGGUGUGAAAGUGACAGAACACAUCUGUCCGCUCUCAGAAAAUCUUCUUCUUCUACUUUUGGCUGGUCCCUCUAGAGGGUCGCCGCUGUGGAUCACUGUGUAAAAGGGAAGGAAUUCACAGUAAAAUGAAAACCCUAAUAAAGAAAUGGAAAGAAUUCUAUGAAGUGCGACUGCAAGCACAGCGCAUUAUUUUUAACAACCUCAGCACCUUCAUGUUUCAUUUCUCAGCUGCAAUUCUUCCACUGCCUGUUUUCAUAAAAACCCUGACAUGGAAAGCUCACACGUGACACAUCCCCUAAGAUGUUUGCGUUAAACCAAGUGCUGCUGGAGAGCCAAUUCCUCAAACAGAUCAAGAUGAGAUGUAAUGACAUGCCUGUUCCUCAACAUUUUAUCUUUAUCUUGCUUACGUGAAUGGACAGGGCAGUGACCUCCUCAACUGUAGUUAAGUCUGAUUUAUGUUUGAUGCAAAAAUUAAGCGGGAGUCUUGCUAUUGCAUGUGUUAUGAUUUACAAUUCAGCAUCAUCAAGAUGAAUGCAUCAUAUGUGAUACUGAGCUUUUGUUAUGGUAUAUCCUGCACAGCAACUGUUUCACUUCACUUUGUGGUUAAAAGAAUUCACAAUGAAUUCACAAUUCCUUACAAAGUUAUGACUGCAUCUGUAUCUGGGUUAACUUCUAUUUCUUCUUAUCCUGCUUUAUAUAGUAUGUGUCUUAACAUGGGUUUAUUUAAUCCCAAGUGGGAGCAGAGUAUGCUAAAGAAUUUAUGGAGAUUAUGGCCAAACAUUUCUGACUUUAAUGCUGCUGCAUGAAAAUAUCUUAUUUUACUUACUGUAAAUUUGUACUUCUGUGUUUUCUUUUAAUUGAAUCUUCUUCUUUCCCAGACAUAGAAACACACAAGACUUUUAGAUAAUUUAAACUCUUUUACUGUGCAUUAUGCUUUCAAGCUGCGCAAACUGUAAUAUAAUGUAUUACCACUGUGUACAUGAAAGGCUCGUUCUACCUUAAUGUUGCUUUGAAAAGCUCUCACUAGAGGUCCAAAACACUCAACAAUUUAACAAUUUACUUUAGAUUUUUAAUUUUUUUUCCACAAAUUUAAGAUAUAUUUGAAGAUUAUAUCCUUUCAUUUGCUCUUGGCUGGCCAACAUGCUUAAAUUAUAUGAAGUUGGUGAGUCAACUUUAUAUUUUACAGUUUAGCACAAUGUUAUGAUGCACGGAAAAAAUAAACUUUAAGUUACCA